UGAACCUAAGAGCCGUCACGAGUCUCUCUCGCCCUCUUCUUCCCUGUUCUCUCUCUCUUCUCCUCUCGUGUCGCUCAUUCUCGAAGCCCAUGGAGUGCAGCAUUCGGAGCUCGUCUCUGGUGCCGCCGAGGCCGGCGUCUCGCCUCGGAACUUCCUCGGUACCCGCGAAGCCCCGAUUAGUGGGAUUGAAGCCCUCGAUCGCCCGAAGUCGUCUGGUGUUCUGUAGAGCGGCUGGGUCUGAUGACAAGGAUUUGGGAAACGGGUUCCCGAGAGUCACCAGCAAGGUUUUCGUGGAGGAGGCAAUUGGAGCCGAAUAUGGAGAAGGUUUUGAGACGUUUAGAAUGGAUGGUCCACUAAAGGUUGAUGUGGAUUAUCUAAAUGAUAAAUUGCAAGAGUGCUUUCUUCAACGGGUACGGCAUGCCAUGAAGCCAGAUGAAGCAUUUGGACUUAUCUUCUCAUGGGACAAUGUUGUGGCUGACACCCGAUCUUUGAAAUUGGAUGCUUGGAGACAGCUUGCUUCUGAAGAGGGAAAUGAAUUUUCAAGUGACAGACACAUAAACAAGUUGAUUCUUCAUACAGCUGCUGAUCAUGUCCUUCGUAAGGUUUUGUGCUGGGAGGAAGAAGAAAGUGAAUUGGAAAGAUUGAAGUCACGGCUGUCACAGUUAUACUAUGAGAAUCUUAUUAAGCUAGAUGCACCAGUUGAAGGAUUAAAAGAGUGGCUAGAUGCAGUCCAUACAGCAGGCAUCCCUUGUGCCAUUGUAUCAUGUCUUGAUCGAAGAUAUAUGCACGAGUCCUUGCAGAAAAUGGGGCUUAAAAAGUAUUUCCAGGCUAUUGUGACUGAAGAGGAUGGAAUGGAGUCUAUAGCUCAUCGAUUCCUCUCAGCUGCAGUAAAGAUGGAUAGAAAGCCCUCCAAGUGUAUUGUAUUCGAGGAUGAUCCUAGAGGCAUUACUGCUGCCCAUAACUGCACAAUGAUGGCUGUAGCUCUGAUUGGUGCUCAUCCUGCGUAUGAGUUGGUACAGGCCGAUCUUGCUGUUGCUAGCUUUAGUGAGCUCUCUGUGAUUAACCUUAGAAGAUUAUUUGCUCACAAGGGAUCAAGUUUUAUGGAUUUGCAGAAGCAGAUAAUAGAGAAAUCACCACCGAAAAGAAAGCUCAUGACCGAUACAAUUUAUUAAUUUUCCCCCCCCUUCUGCACGUCUCUUCUUUUUGGUUCAGCACAUCAUUGUCAAAGCAUCGGAGAACAAAAUGGUGUACACUGGAACCUGUCAUUCCAUGAAUGAUGGGAUGGGAUGGAAUGGAAGAUCGAAGCUAUGGGAAUUGUCAAUCGGGUGGGUUUCACUCACCUGGAAUCUGCCAUUCCUACCGACCGAGUUGGGUACUUGAAAUCAUGUGCCACGCCUCCCAUUGCACUUCAAAAUGAGUUGAUGACAAUUAGUUUUCCAGUGCGACAGGUGUCCAGUUUAUAGUAAUUUGAGAGGAGAAAUGUUGUCCUCUUGCUAAACUUUUGGGUGUAGAAGUUCAUAGAGUUCUUUUUUCUGUUAAUAUAAUUUGAAUUAAAUUCUA